CCUCCUCUGAUCAUCUGUUUCUUUACUAAACAUACUUCUGUCCUAUCUGUUUUACAUUAGACUAUUUUGGAAAUUAAGGACUGUUUUUAUUUGAACUGUUCAGUGAAAUGCUGAAGAAAAUGUUCAACAUGUUUAUUUUCUUCUGCUUGUGGAGCAUCUCUGGUGUGUUUGGUGUUGAUGAAGUGAAGUCAGUGUCAGUGACGGAGGGAGAAUCAGUCACUCUAAACCUUGAUAUUACUAAAACACAGGAAGGUGAUCUGAAAUGGAGGUUUGGACAGUUUCUCAUAGCUACAUUCAACACACAGAACAAUGAAAGGAAAUAUCAUGAUGAUAGUGCUGAUGGGAGAUUCAGAGGCAGACUGGAGCUGGAUCAGACUGGAUCUCUGAUCAUCACAAACACCACAACUCAACACACUGGACUUUAUCAAGUAUACGACAGGAGCGACAUCAAUAUCAGCACAUUCAGUCUUACUGUCUAUGCUCAUCUGCCCGUUCCUGUCAUCAGCAGAGACCCUUCACAGUGUUCUUCAUCAUCAUCAUCAUCAUCAGAGCAGAAUUGUUCAUUGUUGUGUUCAUUGGUGAAUGUGAGUGAUGUGAGUGUCUCCUGGUUCAAAGGAAACAGUUUAUUGUCCAGCAUCAGUGUGUCUGAUCUCAGCAUCAGUCUCUCUCUACCUCUGGAGGUGGAAUAUCAGGAUAACAACACCUACAGCUGUGUGAUCAACAAUCCCAUCAGAAACCAGACCACACAUCUCAACAUCACUCAACUCUGUCAGCCGUGUCCAGAACCUCUUCACUGUUGUGGUUUUACUGAAGCUGUGAUCCGAUUGGUUCUCUCUGCUCUGGUGGGCGUGACUGCUGUUGCUGUGCUGAUUUAUGACAUCAGAUCCAGACGUCUUCAACAGAAGAAGAGUCUGCAGACAUCACAAUCACACACUGAUUAAUCACAUACUUAUAGUGGAGAUGUUCAUGAUUGACUGGAACCAUUUUAUCAUUAAAAGUUUAAAAAAUACUUUUCAAUUAAUUUUAACUGUGAACUUUCCUGUAGAGAGACAUGUUUCACUUUAAUUGUGCUUGUAUAUCACUUUUCACAAUAAUAAUAAUUCUAA